CCAAAAGUUAGUCGAUUCUCAACGUUGCAUCGUGUACUAUUGUUGGUCCGAGUUGGAAAAUGUUCUUGCCGUAAAAUAUCGGAUGCUAAACAAUGGAUCCGUGUGAAGUCGAAUUUCUCAGUGAAAAAGAGCUAGUCAGUAUCGUACCGAAUUUUAGUUUCGACACGAUCCAUUUAAUAUCGGGAUCAGUCGGCCCCUUUCGAGCUGGUUUACCUGUCAAAGUCCCGAUAUGGUUGGCAGUGAACCUGAAACAGCAACAAAAGUGUCGAAUUAUUAAUCAAGACUGGAUGGACGCCGAUUCUUUGAACGAGGCAAAGGAAGAAGAGAAAUUAUCUAAACUAUUUACAAAAAUGCCUAGUAACCAUUAUAUGGAAGAAGCACAGCUUUUACUGAAUGUUGCAAGCGAUGAUAUAUCUGAUGCCGAUAGAAUAAAGACGGCCAUAAAGGAUAUAUGGGAUAUAAGAAUGUCAAAGCUUCGUACAUCAAUAGACGCAUUUCUCAAAAGUGAAGGUCUACAUGCAAAAUUAGACCACUUAACUGCCAUGGAAAUCAAUAGCGUUCGUCCACUAUUGCCACAUGCUCUGGAUCAAAUGCUAAGGAUUCAAACUGUAUGUGUAUUCUAUAAAAUAAUAAGAAACGAUGUAAAGUGAUUUUAUUUUUUCAGGAUGGAAGAGCGACACAAUCUCAUUAUUCAGGAACGUCACAAGUUGAUCAUUGAUAAUUUUUAGUUUGUAAAUAUAAUUUAGUUUGUAUAUAUUUAUGAAGUUUUCAUAAUGUAUUUUUGUUGAUCUUAUAUGAAGAAAUGAAAGGGGUCGGAUGUAAUAGAAUAAUGUAUUUAUAAAAUAUAAUAUACAAAUGCGAUAUAAUAGUUUUAUUAUUUCUUAUUUUUAGGUUCAUUACAUACAGUCACUAGCAUCUCAAUCACAAUUUCUCGUUAUUACUAACAUGUAG